AAGAGUAAUAUUUCUUUAACUAGGAGAAAACAUGGUUCUUGGAUUGGAUCCUCUGCAAGCUGAAUCAAAACAUAAGAGAAUAAAGAAGAGUAAAGAUGGGUCUCCAUGUUCUCAAGAUUCUAAUCUAAAGGGACGUGUUGACAGUAAACACAAACCAGUGAGACAUCCUUGUCCUGAAUGUGAGUACACAGCAACUAGACCAAUUCGCCUGAAGCUUCAUGUUGAAAGUAAACACAAAGGAGUGAAAUAUCCUUGUUCUGAUUGUGACUAUAUUGCAACUCAACCAGGUUACCUGAAGAAUCAUGUUGAAAGUAUACACAUAAGAGUGAGAUAUGCUUGUCCUGAAUGUGAGUUUACUGCAACUAGAGCAAGCAACCUGAAGAUUCAUGUUGAUAGUAAGCACAAAGGAGUGAGAUAUUCUUGUUUUGAAUGUGCUUAUGUUGCAACUACACCAAGUGUACUACAUAAACAUGUUAAAAGUAAACACAAAGGAGUAAGAUAUCCUUGUGCACAAUGUGAGUUUGCUGCUACUACAACAUAUGGUCUUAAGAUACACUUUGAAAUCAAACAUGAAGCAGUGCGGUAUCAUUGCCUUGAAUGUGAGUAUGCUGCUACUACAGCAAAUAACCUGAAGAGACAUGUAGAGAUUACGCACAGAGACUUGAAAUAUCCUUGUUCUCAAUGUGAUUUUGCUGCAACUACAACACGUGAUCUAAAGAGACAUGUUGAAGGGAAACAUGAAGGAGUGAGGUAUCCCUGUCCUAAUUGUGAAUUUACUGCAUCAAGAGCAGGAGAUCUAAAGAUUCAUGUAGAAAGUAAGCAUGAAGGAGUGAGGUAUCCUUGUUCUAAAUGUGAAUUUACUGCAACUAGAACAGGAGAUUUAAAGAUUCAUGUAGAAAAUAAGCAUGAAGGAGUAAGAUAUCCUUGUCCUAAAUGUGAAUUUGCUUCAACUUCAAGACAAGGACUGAAGAAACAUCAAAUAAACAAACAUUAAAUAUGGUCGUUAGAUAUCAAUUAUCAAUAUUUUUUUAACUUAUUUAAAUACACUAAUAAGGAAACUUA